UACAAAAACCAUACAAAUAUUUAAUGUUUUUUUUCAAAGCUGAGCGCAUAAACCUAGAUUUUCUUUAGCUGAAGGUUAGUUUUAUCUUUAAAGAUGCUCAGAAUUAGCCAUGGAGCAAUCUGUCACGCGAGGCAAAGACACUGAACCUCAGAGGCACUCAAAUUCAGAGGACAAUGGCUGAGAACCAAUAGAUUCCAAACGAAUUUCCUGUAAACGACCUUCGUACAAGCGGAACAACAAAGAGACAAAUCUAGACUCUUGAUGAUCUCCACUUCCCACUCUUCCACCACCGCAAUAAAGAGUACUUACAUUAUGUUUUGGUUUAAUAACAAUUAUUACCGACCAAGCAGCAAGUACAUAAAACUUGAUGGGUCUUACGAGCAUAAAUAAUACUCGUACUUGUAUAACAGCCUCAGCAUCAGUUGACGGCAGACCGACCGACCGACCUACCGACAAUUGCAGGCGCAGCUGAAGUCUCAAGGUCAGGUUGCAGGCUAAAUUUAACAUUGAAACUGCAUUGUCUGCGGCCAAGCGUUAAUGGGGAGUGGCCGGCAGCGUCCGCCCCAACCGGUUACACUGCAAAAGAUCUGACAAUCUGUUGCAGCUUCUUCUCCCUCUUCUUCUUUUGGUUCAAUUUGGCGAUUUCAAAAGAGAAACAAAAGCCACGUAAGGCCCGGCGUGACAUUGAAUUGUAAAUGCAGGAGAUAAAAUAAAACGUGGAACGCAUAAAGUUUACACAAAACGAAGCACAGCAAAGGAAAAGAAGUAAAUAAAAUGUAAGCCGACAUCCGAUGCAUGUGAAACUCUUUUUUUUUUUUUGCGCGAAAACCCACAGUGGCGCUGCCCUAGAGAUGAAAGCGUGAGUUGGUGGUUGGCUGAUCUGUGCUUUUCUACCUGUGUUCUAGCUAUUGAAGUGUUGUUUUUGCUUUCUUCUAGCUGUCCGAAGCCUUUCGCAGGUAGUCACGACCGCUGUCAGACCCACCCCAUCGCCAAAGCUCUCUCGCGUGCACAAACAACAACCGCUACGUUUUUGCAGUGCCUGCUCCGCUGCUGUUUGCGCUUUAUCCAAUUCACUGCUGGCUCACCUCCCCUCCCCAGUCCCUUCCUUCUCAUUUAUCCACGGGUCAGCUGCUGCCGCUCUGCUUCUUCGCUGUAAAAGACAUUGACAUUUUUUUAGCACUCUUACUUUUUUGUUUGACAGCGAACAAGGGGUCAAAUGACUUUGAUUAGAAGUUAGUCACUCAGCGAAAAAAGUUUGUCUGAGAAUAAGAAUGGUUUAUAUUAAUGAUUAGCAUCUAAAGUAGAGGUGCUAAGUGAUGUCCAGCUAUUAUGCGUAGUCAUUAUCAUGUACGCUUAUACCAUAGCUACCAUGGUAAGAACCAAUCAGUAAGGGUAUCAAAGCUUCGGCUCACGGUGAAUGGCUUUACUUUCUUGUGCUCUCUCUCCCCGUAGCUCUCUCACUCACUCUCUGUUUCUCUGUACUUUGACUUUGUUGUCGUUGUUUAAUGGUUUUAUACAUCUUUUGUAGCUGUUGCGUUUGUUGUUGUCGGUGCGGUGCCAUCGCAUUACGUCACUUUCACUGUAGUUUGCGGCUUAAGUCAGCAUUUGUUGAUUGUUGCUUUUGCUGCUUCUGCCGCUGCUUCUGCCGCUGCUUCUCUGCUUCUGCUUUGGUCCGUUGUUUGCACUUGUUUUUGGUACAAACAAGCAAAUUGCAAUAAAAAUGCUUGAAUUUAUGGUCCACUGGCAUACAUACACACACACAGACAUAUAUUUUUCGUUUGGGAUGAUUUAUCUGAGACUUUUGUUCAGCUUUUGGGUCACGACGGGCAGCGGCGGAUGCAACGGCACAAUUUAUGUCCGUUUACAGGGCAAACUUUGCUGUUAUUUUUUUGGUUCAAGUUCAUCAGUUCGCUGGCUGCACUCGCCACUGGUUCCAGGCUCCGCAGUGGAAUCGUUGCCACUAAUUUACAUGUUGUUAAACAGCAAAAACUAUUAAAAAUACUGUGAUCAUAUUCAGUGUUAACAUAAACACGGCACGCAUACGCCCGGCCGAUUCGGUAUGCCAUCAUUGUUAGGGUCAUGAGGUUUGAUAAGAAUCUACCGAAAAAUAUCGCCAUUAGUGAGUCCAACGGGGCCUGACUAAAUGGGAACCCAAACGAGGCAAAUUUCUCAAUCACCGCGUGGCGGGGCGGCUAGUUCCGAUUGAUCCACUGGGACCAUGGGACCACUGCAAAGCCUGACCUUGGGCCUCAUUUGCAUGGCAGCGAAAGCCUGCGGCGUGAGUCUCCCUAUCAAACCGUCAGAGAUUCGCAUUAAUUUAGUGUUCCAUGGAUUCGCAGCUCAAUCUGCAAAUAGAUAAAUUACAUGCGACAUCUUUUGUGCCAAAUGAGAUCUACUUCAGCACGAGCAUCGACCACCUGGAGGACAUCAACUUUAAUAUGACCAUCAAAGUGCCCUUUCCCGGCAAACUCCUCAUGCACAUCUUUGUGCGGAAGCUCUCGGACACGCCGGGGGGUGCGGACAUCAGCGAUUUGAUGCGCCUGAAGAACCGGGAUCUGUGCAAGGUGCUCGACUCGCUGCGGAACAUCUCCACGGAUCAUGGGCAGGGCGAGAGCCUGCUGCCGUCCACCUUCUUCGUAUCGUGUCCCCUGGUGCCGGGAUUCUACUACGUGGCCAGCAGUCCCAUCGAUGUAAAGUUAUUUUCCUUUCGCGUGCCCGAUGGCAGAUAUCUGGCCAUGCUGGAACUGGUGCAGGUCUACGAGGAGGUCAUCAAACUGGCAACCUGCAGAAUUCAGUUUAGCAUGAAGACGCCACCGGGUUAUGUGGAGAAAUCAGUUAUGAAAAGCAGUGAGGAGGAGGAAACAGAGCAGGAGGAGCCACAGCAGGAAGAGUCUUCCAAGGAGCAGCCAGAAGAUGCUUCAGAUGUGGUCUUAGAUGACUAUGAAUAAACCUUUAGACCUGCCGCAACUUUUUUUACCAUUUACAUAUCUGUCGGUCAUCUUCUUGUCUGUGCGAAAUCAAAUUUAUUGCCAACGCCCGAAGCGGCUUAAACGAAUUGACACAUUUCACACAUGGCCAGCGGCGGAGUCGAGCCCAUGCCAAUUUAAUUGGCCAUCCCCAGGGGCAUGGGAAACAAAACCCUAAGAAACAGCUACAGAUGGAUGACAAUGAUCCAUUGUUGCAUCGAUUUUAUAUGCAGCUGAUGGUUGGUAGAUAUUUUUUAUACCAAUCUCUGGCAUGUCUUGACAACUGGUAACAUUAUGCGUGUGUGUGGGGGGCCGGGGCCCCAUGCCAUCUGUGUUUUUAUUCUCUAAAUCCAUUUAAUUUACAUA